AUGAUGCGACAGCUCUUCCCCCGCGCCACCCGCGCUGCCGGUGCUCUCAGGUUAUCUCAGACCUCACCCAGGAUAGCCAACGUCGCGUGGCAGUCAACAAGAUUUUACAGCGUCAAGCCUGAGGCCGCCUCUGCAGCAAAGCCUCUCGGCAUCGACGCGUCCAAGCUUACUGUUGAGAAAACCAAGACUCCCGGCACUCUGGGCAACCCGGAGGAGCUUGUUUUUGGCCGCAAAUUCACUGACCAUAUGCUCACCAUCGAGUGGAACCAAAACGAGGGUUGGCUGAACCCCAAGAUCAUCCCUUACCAGAACCUCUCUCUCGAUCCCGCGACAUGCGUUUUCCACUAUGCCUUUGAAUGUUUCGAGGGUAUGAAGGCCUACAAGGAUAAGAGCGGCCAAAUCAGACUCUUCCGCCCGGACAAGAACAUGGCUCGUCUUAACAAGUCUGCUGCCCGUAUCGCCCUUCCCACCUUCGAGCCCACUACCAUGAUCGACCUGAUCUCCAAGCUUGUCCAGCUUGACCAGCACUACAUCCCCGAGGAGAGAGGCUACUCUCUUUACCUCCGACCUACCAUGAUCGGCACUCAAAAGACCCUUGGCGUCGGUCCUCCCGGCUCCGCCCUGCUCUACGUCAUCGCCUCCCCUGUCGGCCCCUACUACCCUACUGGCUUCAAGGCUGUUUCUCUCGAGGCCACCGAUUAUGCCGUCCGCGCCUGGCCCGGCGGUGUUGGUGACAAGAAGCUCGGUGCCAACUAUGCACCUUGUAUCGUCCCCCAGUUGGAGGCUGCCAGCCGCGGCCAUCAGCAGAACCUGUGGCUUUUCGGCGAGGAGGAGUACGUCACCGAGGUUGGCACCAUGAACAUGUUCGCCGCUAUCAAGAACAAGGAGACGGGCCAGAAGGAGCUUGUGACCGCUCCUCUGGAUGGUACCAUCCUGGAGGGUGUUACUCGUGACACGGUUCUGUCUUUGGCCCGCGAGAAGCUGGUGCCUGAGGGCUGGAUGGUUUCUGAGCGCAAGUACACCAUGACUGAGCUUGACCAGGCCGAUCAAGAGGGUCGUUUGAUGGAGGCCUUCGGAUCCGGCACUGCCGCCAUUGUCAGCCCCAUCCGCACUAUUUCGUGGAAGGGCAAGACCAUCAACUGUGGUCUUACUGAAGCUGAGGAGUCUGGUGAGAUCGCUCUGCGAAUGAAGGGCUGGAUUGAGGCGAGGCAGUACGGUGACGAGGAGCACGAGUGGAGCUAUGUUGCUUCAUCGUAA